AUGUAUGUUUACGCACACUGCCGCCAGAUUUGGUUGAAAAUGUCGGUGGCGCAUUUUAACAAACAUUUGGUAGGCAUGAAAGAGAACAGGAACAGCCGAAGGUAGAGCUAUGAUCAGACUGUCUCGGAGACACCAAGACUUCAUGAAACAGUGGAAAUUUCUCCAGAUAAUCUGUUGCACCAAAGGCAUCAUUAAAGUUGGAGUUGGCUGCGGAAUGCUGAGUGACGGGAGUUAUCCACUUCCUCUGGAUGGAGGAGAGCGAGAGAAAAGUAGUGAAAAAAAGGGAAGCCGAUCGCAUAGGCUGGACGCAACUAGGCCUGCCCGCGUUAAAUUUGGCCCAGGAGGUUUUAACUUAAAUUUGUGAUUAAUAACAUAACUAAUUGUAU